GACUAAUGUUUAAUAUCAAACCAUAUAGUUUCUAUUGUUUUCUGGCUAUGGAGUCAUUUGUAUUUAAUUCAGUUGUAAAUCAAACAAAGCAGAUACCAACACUAACAACGCCCAUCUGAAAAGACCGGAAGGAAUCUACCGGACUGAUGCAGUCAUCAUCUUGAAUUUUUCCGGAGAAAAAAAAGGGCUCAGCGUGCAAGCCUCGGGCCCCAAUUUCACAGGUCCCCUGUAUUUAACAGAGCAGGGUGAAAGAAGGCAGAAUGAAAUGAACCCACAGAAAUGACAGACCAGUGCAGUUUAGAAGGGCGUGUGGCCAUCGUGACGGGCGCAUCCCGAGGGAUCGGCAGAGAAAUCGUCCUCCAUUUGGCCGCCAAAGGAGCUCAAGUGGUGGUCUGUUACCGCGUAAACGUAGAGAAAGCAGAAGAAGUGGCCACCAUAAUCAAUAAAGAUCGUGGCGUAGGCAGAGCAAUUACUUGCCAGGUCGACGUUUCAAAGGCCUCAGAUGUGGGCGCCCUCUUCGACAGGGCCGAGCAAACCUUCGGGGGCGUCCACAUAUUCGUAAACAGCGCGGGCGUGGCGAGCUCCACAUACCCAACAGUGGCGGAAACCCCAGAAGAGGAGUGGGAGUUUAUCUUCAAUGUGAACGGCAAGGGGGCAUUUCUGGGCUGCAGGGAGGCGGCGAAAAGGGUUGUGAGAGGCGGCGGGGGGCGCAUUAUACACAUAACGAGUUCUGCCGUGGGGUCGGCGAAGCCCGGAUAUGGAGCUUACGCGGCCAGUAAGGCGGCGGCAGAGACGAUGAUUAAAAUUCUGGCAAGGGAAUUGAGGGGCACGAAGAUUACGGCGAAUUGCGUGGCUCCGGGGCCCGUGGCUACGGAGAUGUUCUUUGCUGGGAAGAGUGAGGCCCUGAUUGAACGCGUUGCUAAGGAGGUUCCCUUUGAACGGCUGGGUGAGGUGGGUGAUGUGGCUCCUGUUGUGACGUUUCUUGUUAGCGAUGGAGGGGACUGGGUUAAUGCUCAGGUUGUUCGGGCUAAUGGGGGCACUCCUUAAACGUUCAGUAAGAGUGUUUUAGAUUCAGUUUCUGUAGGUAUUAUAAAAAUAUUGUAUUCGGUAAGAGUGUCUUGGAUUCAAUUAUGUAUUAUAAAAAUAAUAUAUUGGGUGUGUAUUAAAAGUAUUAUAUAUAGAAAUAGAUCUCUCAAUUUCAAUUUUUUAA